AUACGAGGCAUACGGGAAGGCUCUCACAAGCCCCUUGCCGUUAGUGUUUAUAAUACCUCGGAACCGUCUGGAGUAUGACUCAAGGGUUCUUGGUCUCAUCCUCACGCUACUCCCAUCUCUAUAAACUAUCAAGUAAAUAACACCAACACUUACACAAUGCCACAACACGUAGUCGUCAUCGGAGCCGGCGUCAUCGGCCUCAGCAGCGCCAUCCUCCUCCAACAAGCCGGCCAUGCCGUGACCAUCGUGGCCCGGGACUUCCCCGAGCCCUUCGAGACGAUGGACCCCCUAACCAAAAUCAACUACACCUCCCCCUGGGGCGGAGCCCACAACCGCUGGGUCCCCCCGCACCCAUCCCUCCCACCCCACCUCACCCGCGAACACGCCCUCUCACGCACCACCUACACGCACAUGCAGCGGCUGUACCACACCCACCCGCACACCGCCGGCCUCACCUUCCUCAAGGGCGUCGAGUACAUGGAGCGGCCGGGCCCGGCGCAGGAGGCGCUCUCGACGCCGAGCGCGCCCAACGCGCUGGAUUUGCCGGGGUUUCGGCUGUUGGAUAGGUCUGAGUUUCCUGGUGGCGGUUCUGGUUCCGAUGGUAAAGGUGGUGGGGUGACGUGGGGAUGUGAGUAUGACACGUGGUGCGUCAAUCCGAUGGUGUAUUGUGCCUUCCUGCUGCGGCGGUUCGUGAACCGGGGCGGGCGGGUGGUGCGGCGGGAGCUGCGACGGCCGGAGGAGGGGUUUGCGCUGUCGGCGGGUGAGUUGGGGUUGGCGGUUGAUGGUGGUGGUGGUGAUGGGGAAAAGGGGGUGCCGGUGGUGGCGGCGGUGGUGAAUGCGUCUGGCACGGGGCUCGUUCCCGAUCCUGACAUGACCAUCACCCGCGGCCAGACGUGCCUGGUGGCGGAGGACUGUGAUGUGACGGUGACGAGGCAGAAUGAGGAUGGGACGUGGACGUUCUGUGUCCCGCGCGGGUUUGAGGGUGGGACUAUCAUUGGCGGGACGAAGGAGUUGAAUAAUUGGGAUACGAAGCCCUCGGCGGAGGUGAGGGCUGAGUUGCUGAGGAGGUUUGUGGAGACAUACCCCAAGAUCCUGGGGGAUAAGAAGGAGCUGACGGUGGUGAGGGAUAUCGUUGGGAGGCGGCCGACGAGGAACGGCGGGCCGAGGAUCGAGGGGGAAGUUGUACCCGGCGCCGGGUUCGUGAUGCAUGCGUACGGGUUGGGAGGGAGGGGUUACGAGCUGUCAUGGGGGGUUGCUGAGGCGGUGGUGGAAGGGGUUGAGGCGCAGAUAAAGGGAGCGGCGGCGAAGUUGUAGAAAUGUUGUUGGGAGAUUUCCGCCCUGUAUACCCGGCGACCGUUUUGAAACCCUUGAAUACCAACCCCAGUUCUUUCAGCUUUCGUCGUUUCAAUACAUAUAUAUAUACAGAGUUGUGUGUGACCGCUGUAGGGGCCAGUCUGACCCCAUUCGACUCCCGACCCUUCCCAUGCCUGACCAUAGGAUAAGAGGUCAAUCAAUCCUCAUACGGCAUCAACCUGCCUUGAUGCCAGACCAUCCCCCACGGGUAUGCUUUUCUUGCAGCCUCUAACCACAAGGCCACCCCAUCUAGCCCACUCCUCCACUCCUCCACCCCCCCAAUAUCACCU